AUGAAUGACCAGCAUUAUCAGAUUGCAUCAGGUUUGUCGUCGACUUUGGAUCAUGGGAGUUCUUCGAGAGAUGAUAGUAUGUCGACGUCUGGUCAGUUGUGGAAGAAGAGGGUGUCGACUGCUUGUUUGGCUUGUAAGAAAUCAAAACGGAAGUGUUCGGGAACACCGCCAUGCGAAAAUUGUAGUGCCUUUCAACGCACAUGUAUCUUUGAUGAAUCACUUGAUCAAAGACGUCGUGUGGCAGCUAAACGCACGGCUGACGAGCUGGGCUACCACCGUGACUUGUUGAAUGAUAUAUUCAAACUUGUCCGUGAAGCAGACGAGACUUGUGUCUUGGAGCUGCUGGAUAUCAUUCGACGCAAUGCUCCCCCACAUGAGGUCAAAUCCUAUAUCAAUGAAACACUGGCCUCCCUUGGUGCGGACAAGACCACGCCUCGUGAGACGGUGGCUAAGCUAGAGGAUGUGCGUUACCUUCUCAAUGUAGAAGCUGAUGGUCCUGCCUUUCGAAGCAAGGUGAUGGAUAUUCAUUACCUUUGUGAUGAGGCUCCUUUAAAGGUCCCUGCACAUCCGUGGACAAAUGUCACCGAUGAUGCGGAUUUGGUAUCGAAUCUCGUGUCGUUGUACUUCACUUGGGAUUAUCCGUUCCAAGGGAGCUUGGAUCAAGAUGUAUUCUUGAAAAAUAUGGUUUCCGGGGAUUUGCGAUCGGAGUUUUGCAGUCCCUAUCUGGUCAAUGCGAUGUUGAGUAACGCCUGUUAUUUUUCAGAGUUCUCAGAAGCUUAUGUCGUCCCCGGAAACAUCGCCUCCAAAGGUUGCGACUUCCUCGCUGAGGCUGAGAGAUUGAAAGAGCUACAGAGUACUCAACCUAGCCUAGUUUUGCUCCAAGGAACGCUUCUGAUGUAUGAAAGAUAUGCCAUGUCGCACAACAACGACCUGGGAUAUAUCACACUGCACGAAGCUAUCCGAAUUGGUGAAUCGCUGGGAUUGGUUGGAGACAAAGGGCCCAGAAUAGCGUCGAACCAGCUAUCGAAAGACAUGGACUUGUCGUGCAGAAGGGCGGCGUGGGGACUCUUCAACAUUGACACGACGGUUCAUACUGGAUUCCUCAGACCAUGUUUGAUCGAUCAUGUUAACCUUCCUCGGAUUGAGCGCGACUUCGCAGGGGGUCAGCCCCAGUGGACUCCUUACCCGACGCAUCGGAAGCCGCGCCCAUCGUACCUCAAGCAGUUCCUUUAUGAGGCGUGCAACUUAUCCGCCAUUGGACAUGAUAUUUCACGCAGCAUGUUUUCGGGCGAAAAUUGGGAUGAGUCUCUCCAGCGCCAGAAUCGAGAGGUCUUAUAUGAGCGACUGCGACGGUGGGAGGCGUUGUUACCCGGUGCAUUUGCGUCGACGGACCCACCACCACAUAUCCUUUUGUUGAGAAUGCGAUAUCAUACUUUGAUCAUCAAUCUAUUCAGCUGUAUUUCCGACAGCGAAUUUUCAGGUUCUACAUCCGAAGCGCCGCACACACCCGAAAGCCCUCCACGACGAACUCCUGAGUCCAAGUAUAAUGCUUGGGAUGUUGCGCAGUCGGCAGCGCGGGGGAUCACUGAGCUGGUAAAUCUCCAUAGACAGGAAUACGGGCUGAGCCGCGCACAUCAAUUCGCUAUGUAUGCUAUCAACCUUGCGUUGUUCACAAUGCUGGAGCAAGAGGGCUUUGACGUUCUCGAUCCGGAUUUUCUUUCUCUAGCGACCGCAUUCUCCAUAGUCGCUAGCCGAUCGGCACUGGGACGAAACCUGUUCCACAUGUUCCGACAAUCCGUGCGGGCCAAGGCUCAGGGGAAUCGGAUUCGUGGCGUAAGCUCAAUCUCGGAUGAGCUUAAAGACCUGUUCGAUGAGGAAUCGACCAGGAGAGGUUAUGAUCGAUUUGACGACUAUGCCGAGGGGCUGGAGAAGCUAAACCAAGAACAAAAGUACCAUGGUAUUGGUGAGGGUGCCGAUCUCCAGAAUUACCCUGGAAUGGGACUUUCAGAUAUGCUGGAUCGCUAUGAAAGUCUGAGUCUGGGCAAGGAUGACGUCUUCUUGGAAAGACAUCGUCCUACUGUGGCCAUGCGAUCUCAACGUAACUCACCUUACCAAGAACCUACGCCGACUAGUACGGGUUCUUACUGGGCGCCACACACGAACGCAAGCCCUCGAUCCUCUCUCGCCCCACAGGAGUUUUUCUAUACCGCACCGUUUACGCCACAUACGUUGAUACCGAAUCCCUUUCCUACAUUCGGCCCUACACCUUCGGCAUCCAGCACAGAUAUAGGUCAUACUCCGGACUCGGUCCCGCUAGAAAAAGUCGCGAUCCCCCGUCUAUCUAGUGCGAGUAGCGCCCAAGCUCGACGACGUUCAGCACGCGCAUGCGAAUCCUGUCGACAACGCAAAACAAAAUGCGAUGGAAAGCGACCAACUUGUGGACAGUGCAUAUAUCACAAUAAUCGCUGUGUCUACGAAGAAGUGAAACGAAUCCGGGACGAGAAUAGAAUCAAGUCCCUCACAAGUCGUGUGGAAAAAUAUGAAAAGACCCUUCGUAGCGUGGAGUCUGAGGUUGAUGGCCCGACGGCGCGGAAAAUCAGGAAAGUGCUGAAGACUAAAGACGGGAAGUCCACAAAACAUCCUGAGGAUUCCGAUUCUUCAACAUCGGUGGGCUCUCUGGAAGACAUCGAUGUAGUCAGUGAAGAUCUGAACCGGAACGAGCAGACGCGCGCUGCUGGGUUCUUCGGCAAGAGCUCUGAAGUGUCCUGGAUGCAGAAACUGGAGGAUAGUGUGAGACGAAGCGACAGUCGAGAAAUAUCUGGCUCCCCUCGUCUAGCCCAUUCGGAGGGCCACGUGGAUUCCGCACCCCAGAGCAAUGGAUUAGCAAGGGAUAUCCCUAUUGCCAUGAUGAACUAUCAUUUAGAUGACUUGGAAAUUCCAAUGGUGGAUACUCAAUCGGACCCUUUUGAGAUGCCACCGAGAGAACGGGCUGAUGAGUAUUUCAAUGCUUAUAUGACGUUCGUCAAUCCUUUCUUCAGUGCCGUUCGCCAAUCAACCUUUACUCAGCAGUAUCUGCAGUCUUUCAGUCUGCCAUCUGGCCCUCCACGCAAGUGGCUAGCCGUGCUGAACAUGAUUUUCGCUAUUGGAUGUCGACAUUGUCGAUUGAUGAACCACACUAACAGCGACGUUUAUGAUGAUCACAUCGUGUUUUUGACGCGCGCGAGACAACUCAGUUUGCACGAUAAUAUUCUCUUUGAGCACACUGGGCUUCAACAAAUCCAGUUAGAGUCAUUGGUUGCCGUCUACUUGCUUUGUACCGGGCAAGUGAAUAGGGCAUCUAAAUUCGUCAACAUGGCAAUCCACUCGGCAAUUUCGCUUGGCAUCAACCUUCGUCUCAUGGAUGAGCGAACAGACCAUGCAUCAAAGGAAGCGCGCUGCCGUUUAUGGUGGUCCAUCUACUCCUUAGAGCAUCUCCUCACGUCCAUGCACGGCCGAGUCUCUGGCGUUGGAGAGAAUCUUUGCUCAGUCCAGCUCCCAACACCAGUGGAAGAAGAGAAUUUCGAUCAACCAGAGAUUCAACGUCUUUUUCAACACGGACAAACAACCCAAAUCGAAGUCUCCGCCACACUCUUCGAAAAGCUCAACGAACCACACCAAGUGCCACCCUGGAUAUUCACCGUCCCAUCAAGCCCAUCCCUCUUCUUCCACUACCUAGUAGAUCUCUUUCUCAUCUCUCAAUCCGUCUUGAAUAGAGUGUACAGCAUCGAAGGCAUCCGCGAAGGAUCAACUCAAACAGAAUACCGUCUACAGAUAUACGCUCUCCGCAUGGACCGCUGGCUCUCCAAGUUACCCCCAAUUUACCAAUUCACGAAAUCAAACUCCAGUCCCUGGCUUCUCAAUCAUGUCCAACUGGAUGACGAAUCCAUCCCUCAUACACGUGAACGAGUGUGCCUGGCACUGAACUAUUAUUCCGCAAGAAUAACGCUUUGCAGACCAUGUCUGAGCCUGAGCCACCAUAAAGUCGUUCCACAAGAACAUACAUCCCGCGCGAAGCUACGCGCUGAAAUGGCAACGAACUGCCUCCAAGCAUCGUGUUCGCUCAUCUCCAUUUUUCCGGAGAAAGUCGAUAUCGCCUGGCUUGCGCGUGUCACGCCUUGGUGGAGCGUUCUUCAUUUCCUUAUGCAGUCUACUACCGCCUUGCUACUGGGAUUGUUAUACUGUUCCUUCGCAUCACCGGAUACGGGUCUACAGCAACAGGCUGAACAUGCGACUAGUCUAUCUGGUGCGCCGUAUCCGUCGCUUCUGGACUCGGAUUUGAAUACCGCGCUUGGAAUGUCUAAGAAGGCUCUUUCGUGGAUUCAUACCAUGGCUUCUGUGGAUGCGGCGGCUAGACGGGCGUUCUUGUUGUGUGAUCAUGUUGUUAGAAGGGUUGCGACUAUGCUCAAGGUUGAUUUGGAGGAUUGGCCCAGUGCGGCGACGUUAGGCGGGGAGGUAGGCCUUGGGGCUAAAGAGGUUGAUUCUAGGAUGGAGGGAUUGGAGGACUUGAUCAAUUUUGAAGUCGGGGGGAUUUGA